GGUGAGGAGUGGUGGGAAAGUUGUUGAUGAAAGGCAGUAUACCGUUCGAUGUAGCGGAGACGAUUAUGAAUUAUCUGAUUAUUGUGUCCAUGUUGGUCCUCCCUGCUGUAGGGAUGGAGGCACCAGUGAUAAAUUCCACCUGGGGAUAUAUACAGGGAGUGGAGAGAACCAGUAGGGAAGGACAACCUUACUUUGGCUACUACGGAAUCCCGUACGCGAAACCUCCAGUUGGAGAUCUCCGAUUCAGAAAACCUCAACCACACCCAGGAGUUUCUGACAUAUUUAAUGCUUCGAGCUAUGGACUGCCAUGUCUCCAGCUAUCUCAAGUUAUCAUUUCGAGCUUUUCCUAUCCAGCUAUGAGUGAAGACUGUCUUACAUUGAAUGUGUUCCUGCCAAAUACAACCGAUGUAUCGUCCAGUGUGCCGGUGAUGGUCUGGAUUCACGGGGGAGGAUUCGUGUAUGGAUCCGCUUCUUUUUACGAGCCGUGGCAAUUGGUGACAAAAGGUGACGUUAUAGUCGUCACUAUUCAGUAUAGACUGGGAAUAUUCGGAUUUUUUAGUACCGGAAAUGAUGUCGCUCCAGGUAACUACGGAUUAUGGGAUCAACAUCUGGCGAUCCAGUGGGUCAAGACUAACAUUGAAGCUUUUGGUGGUGACAGCAACAACAUCACCAUCAUCGGAGAAUCUGCAGGGGCGGCGAGUGUGGCUUAUAACGUGUUGUACCCGGGGUCAAAGGGGCUGUUCCAGAGAGCAGUUCUACAGAGUGGAGCUGCCACAUCUCUCUGGGCGAUCAACAAAAACAACAAAUUCUUAGCUAUGUUUGUUGGAAGCAGCUUAGGUUGCCUUGGUGAUGAUCCUGAUAUUAUCAGCAGACAAAGGACCAUGGUAGACUGUAUGAGGAAGAACGACAGUACCAGAGUGUUAGCCUUUUCUUCUGUUUUGGGGACGCCAGCCUACCAGCUCAUACAGUUCACGUGGGUCCCCACCAUUGAUGGCAUCUUUGUCAAAGAUGAUCCCCAAGUCUUAAUGAGAGACAUCACAUUCUUAAAUACCACGUGUAUCAAGGACAUCGACGUUAUGGUAGGGGCCAACAACAACGAAGGGGGACUCCUGUUGACGAGUGCUCUAGCAUUCGACAGGGCUUACAAUUACACAUGGGCUACCGACAUCUUCAAGCCGAAGGAGUUUGAUACAGAUAUUCUCCCAACAGUUACAUCAUUGUCAUUAGGAGCUAGCACUCCAUCCAUCAAUAAUAUCGUCAGCGUUGAGUACACCUACCCCCGACCACCAUCUGACCAGCUGCUGCCUCAAGAACAGGUACUUUCAACAUACGGUGACCCCAGCUUCUUAGUACCGGGGGUCCUCUUUGCCAGGACGCAUGCAUUGUUGAACACAAACAGGAAGUGUUACUUCUACUUAUUUGACCACUAUCCAUCCUUCGCCAGAGAUAGCCCUGUGAAAGGCAUGAACCAUGGAGUGGACAUCUUGUAUCUGUUCGACCUGAAUCCGUCCGUGGUCAAAAUGUUUGGCUACUCAGGGAACCUGACGUCUGAGGAGUAUCAGGUGGCGGAAACAUUUGUUUCUUUCAUUGCUGACUUUGCCAAGACUGGUAACCCCAACCCUGCUGUUGAAGAAAAGCUUGGACAGGCAUGGCCUGAGUUCACUAUGGCCGACCAGCGUUACCUGUCCUUCACAACAAACAUGUCAGUACGUGACCACGUCUACCCCAGACGAGUGACCCUGUGGCUGGACAUCAUCCCCAACCUCAUGAAAAUUCCCACUACAUCUACAACUUCCUCAUCGUCCACUACAACACCAACCGCAUCUACCCCAUCUACAUGGUUCGGACUGGACGCUCACACGGCCGAGGUGACUAUCCUGGCCCUCAUUGUAACUCUAUGUGUCGUGGGCCUGUUACUGGUGAUAAUAGCCAUGUGUUACUGUCUGAAGCGGAGGAAACAGGGUAUGGAAAUAUAAACACUAAGAUUAGAGGUUAUUCAGAUCUCAUGCCUAUUCGCAGCUUAGUUUGUAUCAGCAGACAUCCUGAACCUAUUUAUGUUCAGUAUCAAAUCUCGUUCGGCACCCGUUCAGUCCAUUAACGUUAAAGUAGUCACUAACAUAUGUACAUAAAUUUAGAUUGCGGCAUCUUUUAGCAGUUUUAAACAUUUUUAUAGCGAAUCAAGACAAAGAUGUGUUAGAGUCACACGUAUUGAUCAAUUUCUCCACAAACGUUUAAAUACGAGAUGAUCUGCCACCUAUCCCAUCAGGUUAAACUACUACAUGUUUAAUGUACAUGGGUGUGCAUCAUUACAAAGUUAGUCCCCGUUAGACACUCCUCUAUGCUCUUGUGUGAGACACUUAUGUCCACUGAAUGUAAGCUCGUUGGAAUGUCACCACCGCUUUCUCAAAUGAUGUAGUAGGCUACAGCCUAACAAACUGGGGAUGGCUGCGUACAUGUAAAUGUUUAAACAGUCGGGGACCUUUUCUGGAUAUUCUGUACAAUGUUCAACAUUAUAUGGGCGUAUCCCUAUGUCUUCGUCAUAAGCUUUCAUCAUACAAUUUUAUACAAAGAGAUAAAACCUUACUUUCAAAUUACCGAGGUAUAUCCCUUCUGAAUGUGUUUGGCAUAUUAUAUAGUAAUACUUUCAACAAUAAUCUUGUGUUUUUGUGACAAAACUAAUUAUGAAUAAGCUAAGCUGGCUUUCGAACAGGAUACUCUGCCAUUGAUAAUAUUUUACCUUGUAAGCUUUUUUUUCAAAGUUCUUGGAAUUAGUCAAAAGACAAAUGCUUUGGUAUGUAUUAAUAAUAUAAUAAUAUGAUUCAAAACUACAUAAACUGGAUGUACCAAGUACUAAAAUGGGACGGCAUGCGUGCGUACAUCCACAACGUAAAUACAGAAGUGUCUGUACCUCCUCUCGCUGUACAACAAGGUUGUGUUCUUAGUCCGUUUCACUUUCAUUUGUUAUUAAUGCAUUGGUAAACUUAUCAAUUCGUAAAAAUGGUGUUUUUUCUUACUCGGGCUGUACUCCAUAUUUUUAUGCUGAAUAUUGAAUUAUGUUUUGUGAUACUGUAAUUGGAUUCCAAAAGCAAAUCCACAUUUUACAGUAGUAUUUCGAAGACAAAACAGGAAUUGUUGUUUUAAAAAUUGCGACAAACGUCCUAGAACAAAAAAGUGAUUCGUAAAGGCUGUUUUUAUAUCAUAUUCCAUUUGUAUCCCGUUCUAUAUUGUACUGUGAUUGUAAUUCAUUGCAGUAAUUUGUAAUGUUUUGUAAAAUUCGUUAAUUUUGAAGAAAAUAAUACUAAAUGUUUAUUUGCAUGACA